AAACAGAGGACAAUAAAACGCUGACCAAGCAGUAUGUUUAAUAAGAGCGUAGUUUGUUUAGUUUUAAUCAGCUUCACCUGUAUGGCAUGUGAAGCAGGGUUGCUGGGUGGAUUGUCCAUGCCACCAGACCUUGCGUUCCUGUUCCACGAUGAGGGAAACCAAACCAUAGGCGCGUUAUAUAAUUAUAAUGCUUCAGAUUCGACAUUUAGAAGUUUAGGCCGAUUUCCUUCGCAGGGUUUCUUUCCAGGGAUGCCACGCCACACCAGUGCGUCAGCCUACGUGCUUACUGGUAACGAUGAGGAAUAUGUAACAACUUUCUUCAAAAACAAGGCCGUUUAUUUUUCUAAUGGAACGAACGGAGCUUUGGUUCGAUCUGUCUUCAAUGUUUCAAUGCUGUUUACUAAUGGGCCUUGGAGGGUUGAUGCGGCGUUUUCAAGGUUAAACGGAGAUCGACAAGUAAUUGGAACCAGCUUUAUUUUGCGACGUUGGUUAUACGAGUGUGGUGGUUUCGGCAGCAGUUGCUUAAAAAGUUAUAUCGGUCAAUUUGCCCAAUUCUCAAACAGAUUUCACCGAAACGGCCGAGUUUUAGCUGCUCUUGGCUUGUCUGAUGGAAAGGUUGCGCUUUUUAAAAGAAGUUUGUAUGCUAUAGUUCACGAAAAGGGCGAACAAGCGGAAGAAAGGCCGAUGCUUGCAUAACAAUGCUUGUGGUGGGUUUUUACCAACUUCAUAUACGUUCCAAUACAAUGAACCAUAUUACGACACAAUGGAUGGUAAAACAUUGCGGAAAUGGCUUGUUUUAAACAUUUCAUGCCCAUGAUCCGUUAUUGCUGUUUUUGACGUCCAGUUUUAAACCAAAUUUAUUGGCACGGAUAUUGUAGAAUUAAAACCGAAUAAAUGUAAAAAACAUGUGGG